AUCGCAUGUAUUUGUUUAUCUGGAGGUUUAAAUUUUCAUUGUAGGUGGUUGAACUUUCUGCAUCAUAGUGUUGCAUUGGAGACGCGUUACUGUCUCGCGCAAACGUUCAACAAGUUAUCCAAAUCUUUUUUGGCACCGUAUCAUUCAAUGAUGUCACAUCCGUUGCGAAAGACUCGAUCUCACGUCGGUUUGUCAGUAUCAGCUGGAUGCUGAAUCCUCACGCGCGUGCGGUCGUAACUUUGGGUAGCGCGCGCUCGAUAUUGGCUGCACGCGGGAGCUGGCGCAGCGGAGCAUCAGGGUAAUGAUUGUGGAUCUAUCCGCCCUGUUCGGUUCGGGCAUCAUCUCCCACACCGAGAACGUGAUAUUAAGGGCAGAAAAGUGCAAUACAAACGGGACAGCAUGCAUGCUCUUUUCGGUCUAUUGAAUCUUCUGCUUUUCCUAAUUCUCUCCGGACUGUAUCCGUCAAUGACGAUCGGUCCAAAGGAGGGAUGGCAGGUGUACAGUUCAGCACAGGAUGCAGACGGGCGCUGUAUCUGCACUGUGGUUGCACCCGAACAAAACCUCUGCUCCAGGGACGCCAAGAGCAGACAGCUUCGACAGCUACUGGAGAAGGUGCAGAACAUGUCGCAAUCUAUUGAAGUUCUGAAUCUCCGGACACAGCGAGAUUUCCAGUAUGUCAUGAAAAUGGAAAAUCAGAUGAAAGGGUUACGGACCAAAUUCCGGCAAAUCGAAGAGGACAGGAAAACCAUAAUGGCUAGGAACUUUAAGGAGCUGAAGGACCGCAUGGAUGAACUCCAGCCAUUGAUUCCAGUGCUAGAGCAGUACAAAACAGACGCUAAACUGAUCUCGCAGUUCAAAGAGGAAAUCAGAAAUCUGUCUGUGGUGCUAACAGGCAUCCAAGAGGAGCUGGGUGCCUACGACUAUGAGCAGCUCUACCAGAGAGUCAUCAGUCUGGACAGCCGCCUGCGAAACUGCAUGAGCAAACUCACAUGUGGAAAAUUAAUGAAAAUCACCGGCCCUGUAACCAUCAAGACAUCUGGCACCCGGUUUGGCGCAUGGAUGACUGACCCACUUGCUUCAUCGCGAAACAACAGGGUUUGGUACAUGGACACCUACACAAACAGCAAGGUGGUCAGGGAGUACAAAAACAGUGAUGAUUUUGUCUCCGGGUUGGAGUCGCGAACCUAUUACCUUCCCUUCAAAUGGGCUGGAACCAACCACGUGGUGUACAACGGCUCUUUAUAUUACAACAAAGAACAGAGCAACAUCAUCGUCAAGUACAGCUUCGAGACCGGACGGGUUCUGGCUCAACGCGCCCUGGAAUACGCCGGCUUCCAUAACGUCUACCCCUACACCUGGGGCGGCUUCUCGGACAUCGAUCUGAUGGCCGACGAGCUGGGUUUGUGGGCCGUGUACGCCACCAAUCAGAACGCGGGGAAUAUUGUCAUUUCUCAGCUGGAACCUGAAACGCUCGAGGUUCUCCAGACGUGGAACACGGAAUACGCCAAAAGGAACGCCGGUGAGUCCUUCAUGAUCUGCGGAACACUUUACGCCACCAACUCCCAUCUAACCGGAGCCAAGGUGUAUUAUUCUUACAAUACAAAGACCUCCACGUAUGAGUACAUAGACAUACCGUUUCACAAUCAGUACUUUCACAUCUCCAUGCUUGAUUACAACGCUCGAGAGCGAGCGCUGUACGCUUGGAACAAUGGACACCAAGUCAUAUUCAACGUUACGCUUUUUCACGUCAUUAAGACCGAAGAUGAUUCAUAAUGGACUGUUUGAAUUUAUGCUAUUUUGUACUCAUUCAUGGAUCUUCUAUAAGCAAUUGAAACAUGGAUUUUAGUUCAUCAUAACUAUGCCACAGACUGUUGACAUGAGCAUCAUUCUGCGACUCGAUGAUGAAUUUACAUACAUUUUCUCAUACAAUAACUGCUCUUACUAGGCCUUACUCGCAAUAUUUCACUACAUGAGCCACAGACCGAUUGCUCUACUGCAUGAAUGUCUGUUUGUCAUUUGUUAUAAAGUUACAAUAUGUGGUCUUUGUUCUUUUUGUUAUAUUGCUUUAGUGGCGUAAAGAAUUAAGAUUUUCCAGCCCCGGCUUUGUCAUGUUUAGUUGUACGAACCGUAGAGAUCUGAAUAUGAAUCUGUGUAAACAACUGUAACCUUCAUUGUCACUGUGAGAAGAUAUGUUUUAUAUUAAAUCUAGAACAAAACAAUCCAUCAACGAACAUCCGUAGAUGUUAAUAAUAUGAGGGAAAAGCCAUGUGCGACACCGAGGAAUUUCAGCGGGAUUCGGCAUCAAAUCACAGAGGUUAUAAUGAGGUCUGAUGAUUGUGACAAAGCCGAGCACGGUUGCGUUCUCAUUCACUUACGAGUUGCCCUUGAUGACUCUGAAUGCUGUCCUCUGGCACUUUCAAUCAAGAUCAAGGGCGUGAGAGGGGGAAGGGAGGGGGAAGCACGAUUCCAAAUUCUCUGCAAUUUCCUCUCCCUUCAUGUCUGCGUCAGGUCUCCCUGUCAAGGGUACGAGGAAUUUAAAUGCAACGCCGUUGAUUUAGUAUUGGGAAUAGAUCACCCAACAGGAUUUACUGUUGCUGUUUGCUGCUAUCUUGAUCUCUAUGAAUAGUUGCCUUGCAACAUACAGUACUGUAGAUAUCUUGCUUCCAGAAUUUCUUGUCCAACAGAUACCACAUUUACAAUUACAUUAGUCAUUUUAAAAUAAUAGUGUGGCAAAAAAUGACAUUUCCAUAAUCGUUUACUCAACCCAAUGUCUCGCGAAACCAGUAUGGCUUUCUUCUGUGAAACACGAAGGGAGUUAUUUCUAACAGAAUGUUAAUGUUUUUCUUUCGUGAAAUGAAAGUGAAUGAUGACCGCAGCUGGCAAGCAAGAUUUUUAAAAAGUAAUGACCUAAAUUUCAGUGAUAUAUAGGGAAGAGUAUGGUCUAGAUAUUUUACUAAACAUAUUCGUUGAUGUUAAAUGGGUUUGAAAUGACAAACAGAUGAGCACAUUUCCAUUUUGGGUAAAGUUUCCCUUUGCACUUGAUAUUUCCAUAUUCUUCAAUAUUAAGCCCAAAAAAUUGAAUAAUUUACUCAUGUGUGAGGAAGCCAAUGAACUGUCUGUAAAACUCUUUUUUUUUUCAUUCAUU